AGUCAGACUCUUAACUGACUGAGCCCCUAGGCACCCGCCCACCCUUGUUUUCACUUCGUGGUUGGUAGUAGAAUCUGAAGUAGGUGCUUCCUUCCCCUCCUGUUGACUUCAGAGUGGAUGACCCUCUCGGGACGGGAACUGGCUGUCCCCGAGUGCUGUCUCAACUGUGUUUCAGUGGAGGCUGCUUGCACUGUUCUUGUGAGCACCCGUAAAAGUAGAGGGCACAGGGCCCCCCGCGGCACCCUCAGGACCACCACCCGUUACGAUCAGGUGCUCUUCAUUACUCCUGCAGAGAAUGAGUCUGGUUGUUUAAAAACUUGUUGAAGAAAGAGCCCUUCUAUACCCUGAAGGCUUGCUGAGCUCAGACCAACCUUCCCCCCGUCUCCCUCCCCUGAGUUGAGUUUCUGUGUGUUCUUUCGGUUGUGUGCAGCUUUCUCUCAUUUGAAACAAACGGCAUAGGACUUAGGACUCUUUCUCUUCAUUGUUCCCUGUGUUCCCCUCUGCCGUCUAACCCUCUCCCCUCGAGCCCCUGUUUGAAGACCUCAGUCCUUUCUCAGAUCACCGGCGGCCCAUCCUGUCCUGAGUUUUGAUGCCUAAGAGAGCUUUGCCUUGUGAGCCACUCCCGCCCUUCCUGAAGCGCCGGCCCCUGUUUGCGCUUGCUUCUCCCCCUCACUAGCUGCUCCUCUCAGCCUCUGCUGCUGGUUCCCAGUCCGCGGGCUGCUCCCUCUGUCCGGAGACUUCUUUCGCCUGCACUCACCCCCUGGGCGAUUGCGUCUCAUCCGUUAGUGCGCUGGCCGGUCUGCACCUGUACUCCGGGCCCCGGGCCCCAGCGGCCCAUCUGGCCUCUCUGCUUGGUCUCUCCUGGGCAUCUCAAACGUGACCGAAACCCAGCGUCUGCACCCCCACCCCCGCCAGAGCCCGGGCUGCCUCUAGGCUUCGCCGCCUCCCCAAGCUCUGCGCCUCCAUUGGGAGGCCUGUCAGUCCUCUUUCCCACAGUCUGCUCGCAGAGCCUGUCUGCGAACCUUCAGGAAGGAUCCGCAGCCUGGUAUCUUCUUCCCAUCUGCGCUGCCCGAGGCCACUGGUACAUUGCAGUAGCCUCUUAACUGGUGCCUUCUCGCAGUGGCUUCGUUAGAUCUGCUUUCGCAAGCGUCUGUUUGUGAGCUUCCCUCCACAUAGCAAGCGGCCCGCGCGGGCCUUUACAGUCGUGACGUAGGCCCGUCAGUCCUGCGUUCCGCGUCCCUGCGAGUCCACACCCAGGUCCCAGCAGCAGCUUUGACACCCCUCAUUACUUGUUCUAGCACCCCUUCUGCUCUCCCUCCCGCCGCUUCCCUGCUCACCCCACCGGGCCUCUGCACACCCACUGCUUCUGUCCCUCGGCGGGUGCUUGCCCUCUGCCUAGUGCACUGUCCCCUCUGCGGCCUCCCCUUUCCCCUCCCACCCCUGCGUCACCUGAAACACCCCUUGUCACUUAGAAACCGCUUUAUUUUCUCCAAGGUGCUGGCAUUUCAUUGCCAAUUUGUCAUUUCCUAGUGACUUUUUCAUUAGAAUAUAAGCACAAGUAAGGGCAGACACCUGCUUUUGUUCUUUGCUCUAUCCUCCGGGCCUGGAACUGGAGUAGAAUAGAUGUCUAAUCAUUUUCCUGAUAGUUUUACACACUUGACCCUUGAACCCCCGUGCAGUCAAAAUUCCACGUACAACUUUUGACUACCCGAAACCUUAGCUACUCACAAGUCCACUGUUGACAGGAAACCAUAUCUCCGAAAUAAGUGGUUAACACAAGUUUUGUAUAUUACAUGUAUGAUACACUGUAUUCUACAGGAAAGCUCCAGAAAUCCUAAGAAAGAGGAGACACACACAGUGCUGGACUACGUUUAUCGGAGAAAGUGGGCAUAGAAGUGGACCCAUGUUGUUCAGGGUCGGCUGUGCUUGGGAAUCGGAACAGAGCAAGAUUUGUCAUCGUUACUCCAUUUAAGGAGUGACCACUACUCUUUGAAAUUUUUUUUCUGCCAAUUUUGGGAUACAUUUCAGGAGAGGACGUCGGACUUACCCCCUGAGCUAUCCGGAGAGAGCGACUCAAUGCACCUGGGCCAGGCGCUCUGUGGGCAUGAAGUGGUUGGGAGAAUCCAAGAACAUGGUGGUGAAUGGCAGGAGGAGUGGAGGCAAGUUGUCUAAUGACCAUGCGCAGAGCCCGUCGAAAUUGCAGCACGCGGGAAAGGAGGCCGCGAAGGCCGGCAGACACGUGGUUGAGAGGAGGUCGAGCAGAUGUAAUGGUAAUUCAGGGUUCGAAGGCCAGAGUCGGUAUGUGCCGUCUUCUGGAAUGUCUGCCAAGGAGCUCUGUGAGAACGACGACCUGGCCACCAGUCUGGUUCUUGACCCCUAUCUAGGUUUCCAAACACACAAAAUGAACACCAGCGCCUUUCCUUCGAGGAGCUCAAGGCAUUUUUCAAAAUCUGACAGUUUUCCUCACAACAACCCUGUGAGGUUUCGGCCUAUUAAGGGAAGGCAAGAAGAACUAAAGGAAGUCAUUGAACGUUUUAAGAAAGAUGAACACUUGGAGAAAGCCUUCAAAUGCUUGACUUCAGGCGAAUGGGCACGGCACUAUUUUCUCAACAAGAACAAAAUGCAGGAGAAAUUAUUCAAGGAGCAUGUAUUUAUUUACUUGCGAAUGUUUGCAACUGACAGUGGAUUUGAAAUAUUGCCUUGUAAUAGAUACUCAUCAGAACAAAAUGGAGCCAAAAUAGUUGCAACAAAAGAGUGGAAACGAAAUGACAAAAUAGAAUUACUGGUGGGUUGUAUUGCCGAACUUUCAGAAAUUGAGGAGAACAUGCUGCUUAGACACGGAGAAAACGACUUCAGUGUCAUGUAUUCCACAAGGAAAAACUGUGCCCAGCUCUGGCUUGGUCCCGCCGCCUUUAUAAACCACGAUUGCAGACCUAACUGUAAGUUUGUGUCGACUGGUCGAGAUACAGCGUGUGUGAAGGCUCUGAGAGACAUUGAACCUGGAGAAGAGAUUUCUUGUUAUUAUGGAGACGGGUUUUUUGGAGAAAACAACGAGUUCUGCGAGUGUUAUACUUGCGAAAGACGGGGAACCGGUGCUUUUAAAUCCAGAGCGGGACUGCCUGCACCUGCUCCUGUUAUCAAUAGCAAAUACGGACUCAGAGAGACAGACAAACGCUUAAAUAGGCUUAAAAAGUUAGGUGACAGCAGCAAAAACUCAGACAGUCAAUCUGUCAGCUCUAACACUGAUGCAGAUACCACUCAGGAAAAAAACAAUGCAACUCCUAACCGGAAAUCUUCAGUUGGUGUGAAAAAGAACAGCAAGAGCAGAGCGUUGACAAGGCAGUCCAUGUCAAGGAUUCCAGCUUCUUCCAACUCUACCUCAUCUAAGCUAACUCAUAUAAAUAAUUCCAGGGUACCAAAGAAACUGAAAAAGCCUGCAAAGCCUUUACUUUCAAAGAUAAAAUUACGAAAUCACUGCAAACGGCUGGAGCAAAAGAGUGCUUCAAGGAAACUCGAGAUGGGAAACUUGGUACUGAAGGAGCCCAAAGUAGUUCUGUACAAAAACUUACCCAUUAAGAAAGAUAAGGAGCCAGAGGGACCAGUCCAGGCCACAGCAGCUGGCGGGUGCUUAACCAGACACGCGGCCAGGGAGCACAGAGCGAGCUCGGGGCGAGGCGCCCCCCCGCCCGGGGACGACGCCCCCGGCGCCUACACCACCAGGCGGUCGGCGAGGACGAGGCCGAACCCCAAGGAGGCCUCCGCCGUCCAGCUGGAGCCGGACGCGGCGGGCGGCUGUCCCGGCGGCUUGCCGGAGCCCGGCCCGGACGGCCAGGAGCAGCCGGCGCCCGUGGCGCGGGAGGAGGACCUGGGCCCCGGAGCCGCACACAAGGGGGAAGCCGGGUGUCCCCGGAGCGACGGCGGCACGUCCAAGAAGAAAUCGCGACAAGGAAGGCUUGUGAAACCGCUGGCCAAGGCCGAGGAGCCGGCUCCGGGCCAGGGCUCCCCCGGGGAGGCCAGCGCGGCGCCGGAGGUGCUGGGCUCCGGCCCGCAGCAGGGCGAGCACGGUGGCUCGGAGGCCACGGCCGGGACCUACCCGGACUGGGCCCCCUCGCCCGGCGACGCCUCCCUCGUGACGUCCGAGAGCUUCAAGACCAGAGACGGCUUCAGAACUGCGAAAAGUAAAAAGAAGAGGCGCAUCACGCGGUAUGACGCCCAGCUGAUCCUGGAAAACAACUCCGGGAUUCCCAAGUUGACUCUCCGCAGGCGUCACGAUAGCAGCAGCAAGCCCAGCGACCAAGAGAGCGACGGGAUGAGUUCUUCGAAAAUCAGCAUCAAGUUAAGUAAAGACCACGACAACGACAACAAUCUCUAUGUAGCAAAGCUCAAUAACGGCUUCAACUCAGGGCCGGGCGGCAGCUCCACGAAGCUGAAGAUCCAGCUGAAGCGGGACGAGGAGGGGCGGGCGCCGUGCGCGGACGGGCUCCGCGACAGCGGGCUGUGCUGCGGCGACCCGCUCUCCCUGCUCGAGUCCCGCAUGGAGGUGGGCGGCUACGGCCAGUACGACGCCGAGAGCACGGACGAGCCCUCGUCCUCGGAGGCCGAGGAGGAGGAGGAGGACUACGAGGACGACGACUUCAUCCCCCUUCCUCCCGCCAAGCGCCUGCGGCUCAUCGUCGGGAAGGAUUCCAUAGACAUUGACAUCUCCUCCCGGCGGAGGGAGGAUCAGUCCUUGAGGCUCAACGCGUAA